UUUGAUGGGCGUUUUUCCCCUUUGCUCUUGUUUUCGUGGGCUUGGUGAGGAGGUUCUUCCUUUACUGCCCAGUGAAGUUGAACCGAUGACGAGGUGAAAAUGGCGGAUCUUUCGAAAUCCAAUCCCAGCCCUGAAAUAGAAACACAACACAUUCACACACAGCAGGCUGGUCUUCGCUCACAUUUUAUACAGACACAAAACUAGCCUACACAUUUAAACACCAUUCGACUAAGAAAAUAAAAAUAUGUGUUUCAAAUUUUACCUAUUUAAACGCGGCGAUUAACUUGGCGGAUUGUUGAGUAGCUAAGUCUUGGAGUAGCAGCAGUGGCAGUGUGUGAGGAUGGAGGUGGUGUCGGCGGAGGUGAACAGCCUGCUCCCCGAGGAGAUCAUGGACACAGAGGCCAUUGUGCUGGUGGAGGACGACCAUGUGGGGGCCGUGGACGACUCCGAGUUGGAGGAAGAGGUUCCCAUGGAGACAGAGCUUGCAAGGAUUGUCAGCCUCGACACUGCAGAGUCUCAGACUAUCCAGGUCUCUGAAUCAAAGACCACCAGCAGCAUAGGCAGCCAGCUGUUACUGACCAGCUCCACCACUGCCACAACCACCAGCAUGACAGGGCUCAAAGCAGCAGCACCCAUGCCAGUCAGCACGCAGCCUAGCAGCAGUGUUAGUGGAGGGCUGCAGAAACUCAACACCCCCGUCACCAUCACGGCCAACCAGGUCAUCCUCAACAAAGUCUCACACUCCCCCUCGUCUGACCUCAAGCCCAGCACCACGCAGGUGUUCAAACAGGAUGGACAAAAGCUGUUUGUCACUACCAUCGGCAAGUCCGGGCAGCCCAUUAUGCUGACACUGCCCCACACCAGCCAUCUCGCCCAGUCCCCUAAGGCUGGUGGUCAAGGGCAGGGUAUGGGGCUAGACACCAAGAUACAGCCCCAGCAGUUUAAGGUGGUGACCAUUGGGAGCAGGACAGACCAUAAGCCUGUGAUUGGUGUGCAGGCCAUGAGCUCUGGGAAUCAGAUGAUCAGCACAUCCCAGCAUUCAACACUGCAGGCCCAGCAAUUAAAAACAAUACAGAUUGCUAAGAAAACACAGACGUCUUCAGCAGGACCAAUGAUCACAAAAUUUAUCUUCGCAAAGCCAUUGAACAGUAAAGCAUUGUCUGGUCAAAGUUCUGUUUCGCAAUUGAUUGGAGGCCGAGUCCUUACCCAGAACCCUCCUGGCACACCCCCGAGGACACUUUCUUUCUCUGAAAGCAUCGUCGGAGCUGCUCUCGGUUCAACACCGCAAAGCAAGAUUGCCAUCUCGCCCCUCAAAUCACCCAGCAAGCUGACUGUGGUGUCUGUGGCCUCCCAGUCUCCAAGCUCACCUCAGAAGUCAGUUGGGGUCCCAUUGAGCAUGGCCCUGGGACAGCAAUUCCUGACAGUGCAGCAGGCAACCCAGUCUUCUCCAGCCAAGGGCAUUUCCAAUCACUCCACACAGCAGGGAGUGAAACCUGUGCAGACCAUGACAGUAAGUGGCGUGGGCACCCCUCAGUUUAAAACCAUCAUUCCUCUGACAACACCACAAAAUGUCCAGCAGAUCCAGGUGCCUGGCAGUAAAUUCCACUAUGUGCGUCUCGUCACUGCCUCCACGGGCAGCAGCUCCCCACAGACAGGCAGCCCCAGCAUCAACUCUCACUCUCUACAGCAAGCUAAACCGGUAGUGGUGAACACAACACCAGUGCGGAUGUCGGUUCCAAUUGUCUCUGCACACACCAUGAAACAGGUGGUCCCAAAAUCUCUAAACGCAACUUCACAGAUUGUUAGUACUCAGUCACAGCAAAGGCUUAUCAUGCCAGCCACUUCUUUACCUCAGAUUCAGCCCAAUCUGACCAACCUGCCCCCAGGCACUGUCCUUACACCAGCUCCUGGCACAGGAAACGUGGGGUAUGCUGUCCUCCCCGCUCAGUAUGUCACACAGCUCCAGCAGUCAGCCUUUGUGACCUUGGCAAGCAGUACUGGGUUUGCACAAGGAUCAGCAGCUGCUAUCCAGACCCAGGCCCGGUUACCACACAAUGGGUUGUCUCCAUCCGAUUCUGCAUCGCGACCCAGGAAACCAUGUAAUUGUACCAAGUCCCAGUGUCUCAAAUUGUACUGUGAUUGUUUUGCCAACGGAGAAUUCUGUAACAACUGUAACUGCACAAACUGCUUCAAUAAUCUGGAACACGAGACUGACAGACUUAAAGCUAUAAAGGCAUGCCUAGACCGCAAUCCAGAAGCAUUCAAACCGAAAAUUGGAAAAGGAAAGGAAGGUGAAUCAGACCGACGGCACAGCAAGGGCUGUAACUGCAAACGCUCAGGCUGUCUCAAAAACUACUGCGAAUGCUAUGAGGCAAAGAUUAUGUGCUCUUCGAUAUGUAAGUGCAACGGCUGUAAGAACUUUGAGGAGAGUCCGGAGCGGAAGACUCUGAUGCACUUGGCGGAUGCAGCGGAAGUCCGUGUCCAGCAGCAGACGGCGGCCAAAACCAAGUUAUCAUCCCAAAUCUCUGAUCUGUUAACAAGAACAACACCGGCUGUCACCAGUGGAGGGGGAAAGUUGCCCUAUACGUUUGUCACCAAAGAGGUUGCUGAAGCGACGUGUGAGUGUUUGCUGGAGCAGGCCGAGCAAUCGGAGAAAGCGAACAGGUCCCAGGCCGCGGCGGAGAGGAUGAUCAUAGAAGAAUUUGGACAGUGUCUUCUGAGGAUUAUAAACUCUGCUGGAAAAGCAAAAGCUGACCCCUGCUCUCUGAACUGCUAAAUUCUCCAAAUAAAGCCUUCGUCCUCAACAAGGACUGGAGCAGGGUUAAAAGGAAAGUUUGCAUCUGCGGUACUGGCGAUGGACACCUCUGUUUAAGAAUAAUCAGUUUGUUUGGAGCUUGUUUUAGAGUGACCUGAUAAUGCGAUCAUGUAAAAUUUAAAUAGAUAUUUUUAUGAAAUUUUCCUUUGGAUCUUUGACUUUUUUAAAUCAUGUUGCUUCUUUCUGGUGAUGUGAUGAUGAAACUUUUAACCAUUCUUAUUUCCGUUAAGCUACAUAUUUGCAUCCCACUCUCACUAAAAACAGUUAAUCUUUGGUUGGUAGGGUAUUCUUUGCAGAUUAAUUUGUGAAGUAAGGCUCUUUCAGGAACCAGAACUAAUCACUGACUUGCUUGCUCUUUAGAGUUUGGGGGCUUCAGCUUUUCUUGAUUUCACAUUGAUCUAUCCAUGUAGAUGAAUUGUAUAUAGCCAUGUACUAUUUUCAAUUCACUAUGAAGCUGCAAGCAGGUAGAUUACAUUAACUACAAAGGGUUUUUUUUUUUAAAUCAGUGUAUCAAUUUGUUUUUUGCAAAAGGAAGCAGCAAAUAAAAUGUAAUUGAGCAAGGAGAAUUGAUGAGAUGGGUCAUUACAUUGCUUACAGCAUAUCUCUUAAGUUUUUAGACAAGGGAAUUAACUGCUAUAUUUGCAGUUUGAAUCAAAGUGGGUUAUCUCUUUAUUGAUGCAGCGGUAAUGCGUUGAAAGGAUGCCGUUUCAAAAUCCUUUAAAGAGUUACAGUGUGCAUUUCCAAAGCUUUACUGCGGUGGCCUUCAUUGCAUUGCACUGGGUUUUGCCAAUAUAGCAAACUAAUGUGGAUCGUCUGCUUUGAUUCUUGUUUGUGGAAUUGCCUCCCCUCUAAAAAGCAUUGCUUGCCUCUUCAUCGUUGUGUAGAUAUACACAGAUAAGCUCUAGAGGCAGGCACCUUCAUUUGUGCCAAGUGACUGUCUUGUCUAGACAUACUCCUCAGAUCUGCCCAGGUUCUGCAGUUGUUGAGUGGUGCUCUGUUUUUCUACAGCUAAUAUUAAGGUCUCUUACUGACUUCCAAAGCAGCCUUGGCUCAGUGAGGAUGCAGAGAGUGUAGCUGGUACCUCCCCCCCCCCCCCCCCCCCCCCCCCCCCCAAUCAGCUGUGAUCUGUCGGUGCAUCCUCCUGGUUCUGAAAUGUGCUCCAACUUGACUUACAUGGGCCCUGUUUUAGUUAAAUUGUAAUCUACCCAUCCAGGUAUCUGCCAUGAACAUCACUAGUGGAUUAUAGACUGCAUCCUUUCUUUGCUUUUUCUUAAGUAACAAGCUGGUUAUACAGAUAAGUAAGGAUUGUGUGAACUGAGCGCACUCUCCAUAUUUUCAGUCAUUUUUGUUCCUUGGAUGACUUGAUCACGAUGGCACGCCAGUUCUCAAUAGAUAGCUCUCCAACAACCCCACGGCCUUCAUCUCUAACAGGGCAGGGUACAUCAGUGCUUUUUGUUUAGUGUUUUUUUUUCCUCAUUUCUAAUCUGUAAAUGCAGGUGCAAAGCUAAAACAUUUUCUUGUUGUGGUACAUUUUACAUCUUACCUAAUGAAGUACAUUUACAUAAAAAUAAAAUACUACAUUUUGUACUUUAUAUGAUAACAAGAAUUACAACAUUUGCCCGUUUCACUGUAGCCCUCAUAUUCAUGGUGUACUUGCUGGUUGUUGUCUUUUUUUUUUUUUUUUUUUUUUUUUUUUUAAAGAGAACAAACAACGUUACAAAAACAUGAAACAAAUAUUCUUAUUUUAGUUCAUUUUAUUCGCAGAAAAUAGCACAGGUUAGUUUUUUUUUUAAUGUGUACAUAACCCACAUGCUAAACUGCCUCUGAUUUAGACUGAGGAGUAUGGAGAGAGAUUGUACAGUAUAAAUGUAAAUUAGUGUAAGUGAAUAACUGGUUUAUUAGAGCUUCUUUGUACUUUAUCAAGGUUUAAACAUUUGCAAUAUCCUUUUUCAUGAACUGAAGCUCUGUACUAGUAUGUAAAUAUGUUGUGUUUUAUUCUUAAUUGUACUUCUGUGAUGUGUAUUUAAAUCUUGUGUGAAGCUAAAUAUCUAGUAUUUGGAUUUGUAGAUUGUGUAUGAUGGGGUGGCCAUUGCUUGUAUUAAUUUAAAGGUGGAAUCCAAUGUUUUUAGUUCCAUGUUUUGUUAGUUGUUUCCUUUUUGUUUGUUUUUUCUUUUUUCAACCUGUUUUGUAAACUCUUUGUGUAGUCAUUUAAUUUAUCAACCUCUGUUGUCAGCCCCCCCCCCUCAGUUACUUAGAAGCAUUAUGACAGCACAGUAAAUAAUAUCAUUCAAAUUUAUUAAAAGUAAAAUAAUUUUUAA